AUGAAUCCCUUCCAACGACCCUCACAGGCCGGCGCCACCUGGCGCAAAGUGGGCCUCACGUCCGACUUCCCAGAAGUCGACACAGACGAUGCCAAGUCGCGGAUCAAAGCCAGCUGCAAAGCAUUCCAUGUCCCCACCUCGGCCGGUGCGUGCUCGUCCGAAUCGCCCGUCGAAGCAGACCUGGACAUGCCGGGCAAUAUCAACGAGCAGGUCCUCGUCUUCCAGUUUAAGGGCAAAUUCCAUGCGAUUGAUCAUCAAUGUCCGCACGCGCUGUACCCGCUUUCUUGGGGCAGUGUCUUCGAUAUCGAGGACUUCGGCAUUACCCUGAGCGCGGGGAUCACGUGUCCCAAGCAUGGCUGGUCGUUCGACCUCUUCUCUGGCCAGGCGGAUCGAGGUAACUACAAGCUCAAGGUCUGGGAGGUGCAACUGCGGGACCCUCCGGCAUCGGAGGAUAAAACUGUAGAAUCUGCUGAUCAGGAGGUUUGGGUGAGGAGGAAGCAACGGAUUGGGUAGGGUGUCAUUGGAGAGGGUAGAGAGAUGCUGAGCUUGACAUCCACAUUGAGCAAAUCGAGUACCCUCCAGCGUGGGCCAGCAAGACUGAGGUCAUGGUUCCUUGGAGCGUGCGCGACGCAUAAAUUACCGCGGGCUGGCUGUCGUGUUCGUCCCCUUGCUCCACCUUGGACGAACGAUCACGACUGCCUUAGGGGAGUGCGCAAGCUGGACACUCUCGGAAAAUGUAU